AUGAUGGUGGAACUAGAAGAAGAAGCACCGCAAAACAAUAUCUCUGCUUUUGCUCCCACCAUAGCCUCCGCCACUAUGAAUUCCGUCUUUGAAGAACCACCGCAGAAGAAGAAGAAGACAACAACGUUUUCGUCUCUUCCCGAAGAAAUCGUCGUAAGCUGCUUAGCCCGAAUACCGAAAUCGUACUACCCUAAACUCUCCCUAGUCUCCAAGAGCUUCCGCUCUAUUAUCGCAUCCACUGAGCUCGAUCUUGCGCGAAAGCACUUGGAAAGAAUAGAACAAGUACUUUACGUCUGUUUACAGCUUCCCGAUCAUCGUCUUCCCUCAUGGUUCAGCCUCUGGAUAAAGCCUGAUCAAACCCUAACCAAUGAUAUUAAGAAGUCGUCGUCUACCGGAAACACCUUGUUGGCACGUGUUCCUUCUUCAUAUACUCGUCGUGAACCAUCAACGUUCAUGGAGGUUGGUUCGAAAACAUACGCAAUAUUUGGGCAAUGCGGAUCUUCCACGGGGCUUAACAACCACCUCAAGAUGAUGAGUGUUCGCAAUAAGGGGGUUAACAAUGCAUGGCGUAAAGCUCCUAGCAUGAGAGUGGCUCGAGAGAAGGCGCUCACGGUCGCGGGCGUCCUCGAUGAGAAAAUAUAUGUAAUGGGUGGUUGCAAGGCAGAAGAAACCGCGAAUUGGGCUGAGGUUUUCGACACAAAGACUCAAACUUGGGAAGCUUUACCUGACCCUGGCGCUGAGCUCCGCCUCUCUUUACUUAAAUCAAUGAGAGUGAUCGAGGGAAAGAUUUACGUUGAGAGUAGCGAGAAGAAGCGCUAUGUUUAUGAUCCGAAAGAAGGUAAAUGGGACGUUGCCGCAUCAAGAGCAACACUGGGUGGGAAUGGGAUAUUGGAGUGUAAGGUAAAGAAUGUUCGUGUUCGGAACUCUCUUAGAACAAGACUUUUCUUUUGGUAUGACAAAAAGCGUAAAGAGUGGAGAGUGGUCAAAGGUUUGGAGGCAUUUAAUAGGAAUGUUCCUCUUGGUGUUAUUAUUGCAUCAGCUAAUUACUGUGGGAAACUCUUGAUCCUAUGGGACAAGUCUGAGCAACCUGGUGGUCAAUGUCAAAACAAGAACAUUUGGUGUUCCGUGAUUAACCUCCAAAGACGCAAUGGUGAAGUUUGGGGAACUGUUGAGUGGGCUAGUGUUGUGCUUACGGUUCCUAGUUCAUACGUUUUCUUGCGCCGUCUAGUGAGAUUGGUUUGA